AUCAGCCUCGAAUUUGUGAACCAGAUGCUUGAAUGGUUCAAGGAAGGCAAGGCGCUUCCGCGUAGAUAUGUAUGGGAGAUUGUCCUCGGCGCACAUUCGCACUUCGUACAAGAAGAAAGUCUUGUGAAGUUGAACCUAGAGGAUGGGAUGACCUGCGAUGUCAUCGGCGACGUACAUGGUCAAUUCUACGAUAUGCUCCAUCUCUACUCACUAACGGGACAACCGACGGAGAAGCACUGUGUUCUGAUGAACGGGGAUCUUGUGGAUCGUGGUUCAUGGUCAAUCGAGGUUAUCCUCACGGCCUUGGCCUAUAAAUGGCUAUACCCGAAGACCAUGUACAUUAACCGUGGAAACCACGAGACUAAGGAAAUGAACCGAACAUACGGCUUCGAAGGCGAGGCAAAGCACAAGCACGGCGAGCAAACAUACAAGCUUUUCGCGCAUGUCUUCACGACCAUGCCCCUUGCGACGUUGAUAUGCGCGACGAAGCCUCCAUCAGGAUUUGUUGGGAACGCGAUACUAUCGCCAGAAGGCAAAAAGCGCUACUUCGUCGUACACGGCGGUCUGUUCAGUAAAGACGGAGUUACACUCGACGAUAUCCGUAAGAUUGAGCGGAUAGGUCGUCAGCCGGGCCAGGAAGGACUCAUGUGCGAGUUACUGUGGACGGACCCACAAGACACGCCUGGAAGAGGGCCUAGCAAGCGGGGUGUUGGAAUUGCAUUCGGCCCAGACGUGACGAAGCGUUGGUGUGAAGCUAACGGCGUCACUGGCGUCAUUCGCAGUCAUGAAGUACGGCAAGACGGAUAUGCGAUCGAGCACGAUGGACUGUGCACCACCGUCUUCUCUGCGCCAAACUACGUCGACCAAGCAGGCAACAAGGGUGCCUUCAUUCGCAUUGACGCGGCCGGCUCGCAAGAGUACACGCAGUUUGACGCGAAACCGCAUCCACCAAUGAAGCCGAUGGCAUAUGUAUCCGGUGGACUUGCGAAUCUACUCAUGUGA